CUCAGACGUACUGUACUUGCGAAGGUUAAUGGGAUCGUCCAAGAAUGGGUGAAGGAAGCUAGUCGCCAGCAGAACAAGCCGGCUGCAAUGCUUGACUCGUACGGAGGCAACAUCUACACAUUCGGAUCGUAUAGGCUUGGCGUCCAUGGACGAGGGGCUGAUAUCGAUACGCUGUGUGUGGUUCCGAAUCACAUCCGGCGAGACCCGGAUUUCUUUGGCACGCUGGUGGACAUGCUGGCGAAACGUCCCGAGGUCACCCAAUUAACGCCAGUGAUAGAGGCUUUUGUGCCAGAAAUCCAGAUGGUCUUCGAAGGGAUCCAUACGGAUUUGGCGAUGGCAGCCCUGAAUAUGUCAGCCAUCCCCGCCACCUUGGAUCUAUCAGAUAACAAACUACUUAGAGAUCUCGACCCGGAAUCUAUAAGGAGUAUAAACGGUCGGCGAGUCACAGAUCGAAUAUUAACACUGGUACCCGACGUGAAGGUGUUCCGCCUAGCCUUAUACGCAAUCAAAUUAUGGGCGAAACGGCGAGGUAUAUACAAUAAUGCGAUGGGAUUCCUCGGAGGUGUCUCGUGGGCUAUGCUGGUGGCACGUGUUUGUCAGUUCUAUCCGAAAGGCUGCGUGGCCACCAUCGUCCUGAAAUUUAUGAUGGUCAUGUCCAACUGGAAGUGGCCUACACCUGUCCUGCUGUUGAAUGUGGAGACAGAGAACUUCGGGUCUUUCACCGUUUGGGAUCCAAGGUUCAACCCGGGUGACCGCCGCGCCCUGAUGCCGAUCAUCACGCCCGCCUUCCCCAGUCAAAACUCAACCCAUAACGUUUCGGCCUCGACGCUGAAGGUCAUGCGAAACGAGUUUGAUCGGGGAUGUGUCAUUGCUAUGCAAAUAGACGAGGGCAAAGCCACGUGGUCGGAUCUAUUCGACAAGAGCGACUUCUUCUCUAGGCAUAGGCACUUCCUUCAAAUCGAUGCCAUUUCGCCUACCGAGGAUAAGUUUCACAAAUGGAUUGGACUAGUGGAGGGUCGAGGAAUGAGGUACCUUGUGAUGGGUCUAGAGAGGAUAUUGGGAGUCGAGAUCGCCUGUCCAUGGCCCAAGGGAUACGAGCGCGACUUCCCAAAACUGUCCGCAAUGGCCGAAAAGGGGACCGCGACAGCUGAGGUUGCUGAAGCGAGUCAGGCGGAUAUCGCUGAAUUAGAGAAGCCUGAAAAAGAAAAGUACUGUAACAGCUACUUCAUUGGCAUUGAGCUUGACUCGACGGCGAAGGGACCCUUUGACUUCUACUCCGUAGUGCACAAUGUGCAGGAGCGCCUGGCACAGCAGCAAGGCGAAGACCCCGAUGGGAAACUGGAGUUUACGCAUGUGAAGAGAUCGAAUCUUCCGGAAUGGUUGUUUGAGAUGGGCGAAAGCAGGCCGAUCAAGAAGCCCAAGAGGAAAGUGGAUCAGGCAGAGAGGAUGAAAAAGAAAAGGAAGGUCGCCGCUGCAAACGCCGGCACAAUCAAACCGGCCGAGAAUGGGGCCGUGUCCAGUGGGGUGGUGUCAGAUACGCCAUCGAUAGCUGCGGACCAGCCAAGCAGCGCGGCAGAAGGAGUCGCAGAGGCAGCGACAGCGGAAGGCACCGACGAUGUGAAAGGGGUGGCUAAAGGAGAGGAUAAGAGAACGGAGAAACAAGACGAACUAGAAGGGCAUGAGGAUGAAGAGCCCAUUUCGCCGGCUGGGCCUCCGAUACAAACGACGCGCAAGGUAGAACAGGAGAAGAACGAGCUGACAUACAAAGAUUCCCAAAUCAAACUGCCACAAACGACUAGCGUACCAAAGAAGAGCGAAAUCAAGCUCAGGCUGAAUUGAGCGACUGGCGUCACUCGCAGUGGGUGCGGCCACAGAGAUGCGCAGCACAUAACACAUCGGUCAUACAGCUACCACGGCACGUGUAUGGAAGAGGAGGCCAAGCGAAUCUCUCAACACCCAUAUUGCCGGAUUUCAAUAUGCUUCAUCACAUACACUACAAACACGUAUUUGAAAUGUUUGGCUAAUGUUCAUGCCAGCCGGUGUGGGCGUUAGUCUGUGGUGUUGUGGCGCGCACAGCCACGAGGUGCUCUAUACAAAGAAAUGAUCUGCAGCUAGAACCGGUUGUAGUCCGUCUAUGGCUCACAAUCUAGGCAUUGGCAUGGGAAACAAGUCACCUCACACACUUGUGGUCGAUCCUUGGGGCUCUCACAUAGAAACUAUCUAGCUAUCAGACGUAUAGUUCUAGGCUUAAGCUUAUAAUGACGACACCUGGGAUUGCAUCUUCUCUGACCCCCAUCGCCGUCUUCCUGUGCCAAUAUCAACAACCAUCCGAUGUAUUGUACCCAUGCCUUCAGUGGCAACGCAAACAUCUAAUAGACUAACAGGACUAACAGGGGGGUGAGUAUCGCUGACGCAAUUGCAUAUCAACUGCCAAAUUGCGAUGGAAAGAAUCAAUAAAGACUCGUCAGCCGCUGGGGAAAUCGAUACAUUGCUCACGAAAAGUGGACUCUAACUAUCGCACCAUCAGAUAUUGCUUAAAUCGAGAGAAAUUGCUAAAUUUUAAA